AUCAUCAUCUUGAUCAUCAUUAUCAUCAUUAUCAACAUUGUCAAACCUCAAGUCAUAAAUAAGUUUACAUUUUGAAGCAACAGUCUUCUCUUUUCAUUUUUGCGCCAAGUUUUGUUAUUAAGUGAUGCUUUGUUUUUCCCUCUAACAUGCACACAAUUAAUCACCAUAAUUCAAAAUUAAAAAUAUAUUCCUACGUUUAAUUAUCUAUUGUUAAAUCUAAUUGAUUUCGGACCAUCAACUAUUUAACUAUCCUUUAUUUCAUUAACAAUUGGUUCUUAAUUGUGUGUAACUCUGCUCUUCAAAUUUCAUUGUUUUCCCUUGUUUACGGCUAUGUGCGUUCACAGCUUAACACUCUUUAUUCACUAGUCAUCUUCAUUUUGUCCAUUAUUAUUUUCUUCCUCUAUACUUCAUUUUUUCCUCCUAUUAAUACUGAGUAUUGAAUUGUAAUUAAUCUUUUUAAUGGUUUAAAAUUUUAGUUCAGUCAAAUUUUAAUCAAAAAACAUCAAAUGGAUAAUAGUGACAAUGAUAAAACAAUCAACAACACUUUCUCCAACAAGACUGUUAACUCUUCCAAUGCAGUAACCAACAACUUUGUUCCUUCACCGACAGCCCUAAUCGUCUACCAGGAUGAACAAUCAAAGUCAACAUAUACCGGCCGAUUGACCAGAAAAUUUUCAAGUGAAGGUCAUCUUCAAAUUGCAAAUUCUUACAAUUAUAACAAGAUAGCUGAUGAGACUAAAAUUUGCGAGAAAAAAGCUGAUGACUUCAAUCACAUUGGGUUAACGCCAAUCAUCAAAUAUCCUCGGGAUCCAGUUAUUCGUUCAGGAUCGGCUGAACCAAGACCAGGUGUGCUUUUUGAAUCAACUGUUGAGAUAACCAGUUGUUCCAAUUCUGGAGGAUUUACUAGUAAUCGUCAAUCUUACAAUUUACCCGAAUUUAAUGAACAAUAUGAGGUUAUUAAAGGUUCACAACGGACCAGCCUUAAAAUGGGAAACAAGGUUGUUUCCUUUCUUAAACCACACUUUUCCGUCGACUAUAUUAACCGAAAAUUAGUUAAGUUGUUUCCUAUUCUGGCCUGGCUAAGAAAUUACAAUGUGCGUAAAAAUUUAAUCGUCGAUAUCAUCGCUGGUUUGACCAUUCUUGUAUUUCAAGUCCCUCAAUCAAUGGGUUAUUCAUUGAUUGCUCGCGUUCCUCCGGUUCAUGGGUUAUACACCAGUUUCUUUCCAGCCCUUGUUUACUCUUUCAUGGGAACCUCAAGACAUUGUGCUGUUGGAACCUUUGCUGUUGUAUCUCUCAUGACGGGUAGCUUAAUAGCCCAAGUACUUGAACCUAAAGGAUUCCGACCUGUUGAUAAACCAGAAGAAGCAGUUGAGAUUGCUAUAGCAAUUUCAUUUCUGAUUGGAUUGUAUCAAUUAGUUUUUGGUAUUUUUCGUCUCGGAUUUUUCUCGGUCUACAUGUCUGAACAGCUAAUUUCUGGUUUUACAACAGCCUGUUCUUUUUACGUAUUUACCUCUCAAAUAUCUUAUUUAUUUGGUCUUCAUCUUCCCUACCGAUCCGGUCCAUUGGCAUUAAUUUAUACUUACAAAGAUCUAGUCUGCAACUUUGAUGCCAUUAAUGUACCCACUCUAAUCAUUUCUGUUACCUGUUGUCUCAUCAUUUUAGCAUUCAAAUUUGUGAUUAAUCCUCUACUUGCUCGUCACACUUCUCUUUCUAUACCUUUCCCAAUUGAAUUGGUUCUUGUAAUCCUGUCCACCGUUAUUUCCGACAUUUUCACAAUUCGUGAACGCUGGGGAGUCCAAGUUGUCGGUCCUAUACCUAGAGGGCUUCCAUUACCCCAGCAUCCAAGACUGGAUCUGAUUCGUGAGCUUGCCAUAUCAACCAUACCCCUUGCUAUAGUAGCAUACUCUUUAACAAUCUCUGUAGGUAAAAUAUUUGCCAAUAGACACAAAUACAAGGUUGAUCCUAAUCAAGAAUUACUUGCCCUUGGAACAACCAACCUGAUUAGUUGCCUAUUCUCGUGUAUUCCUUCGGCGGCCUCUCUUUCACGAUCAGCAGUCCAAGAAAGUUCUGGUGGAAGAACUCAAUUGGUAUCACUAGUCAACUGUGUUGGCUUGUUAUUUGUCCUUCUUUAUGCUGGUCCAUUACUUUCAGAGCUACCAAAUUGUGUAUUAGCAGCCAUAAUUGUGGUCGCUCUUAAAACUCUUCUCAUCCAGGUCAAAGAUUUCGCCAACUAUUGGCGUAUCUCUAAACUCGAUGCUUCCAUUUGGUUAAUAACCUUUUUUGCUGUCAUCCUUCUUGAUGUUGAUAUCGGCCUUUAUGUUGGUCUAGGUUACUCUUUACUUACACUAAUCUACAAAUCACAACGACCCAAGAUAUAUCUUCUUGGUUUUGUUAACAAUUCAGAUGUUUAUGUUCCAGUUAAUCGUUAUGCUUCAGCCAACGAAAUACCUGGAGUUAAAAUUUACCAAUUUUGUGGUCCUCUUCAUUUCGCCAACAUUGAAUAUUUUCACAAAGGAUUGGCACGUAAAACAGGAGUAUCUGUAAAAGGUGUUUUGACGGAAAAGAAAAGGCGCAAGAAAAGAGACAAAAAAUGGUCAACAUGCGAGUUGACCCACCGAUUGGAUUUGGUUUCUGGUUUAGAUGGUUUCGAUGGAUCUCUGAAUAGCGUUAUUCCAGUCCACUUGUCCCAUAUCAUUAUUGAUUGUUCAAUGUUUUCCUACAUUGAUGUUACAGGAGUCCGUCAAUUACGGUCGACAAUUCAAGAGUAUGCACACAUUGGCGUUGAAACGUUUCUCGCCUGUGUUGCUACUCAUGUCCAGAAGAUGCUUGAAAAGGAUGGAUUCUUUAUUGAUAUUCCACCUUCCCAUGUUUACCUAACAAUCCAUGAUGCUGCUGAUAAUGCUCUCAAAGUCAGACAGUCUCGAUUUAAAUCAUCCAAAGGGUCACAAAGCUCCUCUCUCAAUGGAUCUCCUUCUUGCUCAACUUUCACCUUGAAUCAUGAUGGUAAUGCAGAUGAUAAAGAUAAUAUUGAAAUAUGUAAUGAAAAAAGUGAAAUCAACAACAACAGCAACAAUAAUAAUAAUAAAAAUCAUCUUCAAUAUCAACAAUUUCAUCAAAGUCAUCAUCAACAUCCAAAACAACAACAACAACAACAGGAUAACCAUUAUCAGCGGACAUCAAAACGUCUUUCUAAUCGGAAUGAUCUUUUAGACCAUGAAAAUCAUUCUCAUGAAGAUGAUCUAAGCGAGAAAAGUAAAUUCCUGUGUUGCCCGAAAGCUCAUUCCCCUUAGAAACUGACACUGAAUGCCAUUGAGUUGUCACACUUUAAUAUCCAUAUCAAUUAUUUCUCGUUAAUUUAAUUAUUUACGAUGAAGUUCAUUUUUUCUUGUUCAUUUUCUUUUAGUCUAUUCUCUCUCCCACUCUUAAGUUGACUUUUUACCCGCUGUUUAUUCAUUUAUCCAUCAUCGAUCCUGGAAUGAUCUGUCACGUUUUGUUUUGCUUUGUGAUUAAUUGUUUCAAAUUGAUUGUUUUAUUUUGUAUCAAGAAUACAGUGUAGAGUUAAUUGGCAAACAAAAUUAUUUUCAUCGCCCGUUGACUUUAAUUUGCUGAAAGAGAAGGGUAAAGGAAGAAAAAGGUGAACAAGAAAAUUGUCAAUUUCAUUCUGCUGUUUUUGAAUAACCAUUGUUAUUAUCAAUUGUUUUCUUUUCUCUUCGUUCUGGUAUAAAAUAUAAAUCCAAUAAAUAUUAUUUUCCACUUUCUA